GUGUACCGGAAGAGCAGGUGCAACACCGAAAAUCAUCCGAGCAUCUCUUUGACAACAAGAACCCCGACAUCAGAAACCGACCCAGGAUCCGCAGAGAGGCCCGUAGAAGACCUGGAAGAGGAUCACCUUUAUCUGCUGUAUCUCCUCUGAGAGUCCGGACCAUCAUGACUCUGAACCAGAACCACUCCGAGUCCGGAGGAGGAGUCAUCAUCAACAACAGCGAGAGCGUUUUGAUGAACUACGAUAACGUGGAGCUGGUUUUCUGCGACGCCGAACGCCUGCCCGAAGCUUUCAGGAAGAGCAAGAAGGGAGGCAUCUACCUCACUCCCUACCGGGUGAUCUUCGUGGCGAAAAGCCGUGAUUUGCUGCAGUCCUUCAUGAUGCCCUUCUACCUCAUAAAGGGCUGCGAGGUCAAGCAGCCGGUGCUCGGAGCCAACUACAUCAAAGGAACCGUCAAUGCUGAGCCUGGAGGAGGCUGGGAGGGCAGCGCCUCUUUCAAACUGGUGUUUGCAGCAGGAGGAGCCAUCGAGUUCGGACAGUCCAUGCUGCAGGUCGCUGCUCAGGCCUCCAGAGGUCAGCCGGUCUCCUCUGGGUUCGGCUGCCCCUACACGGCCAACGGAGCGUUCUCCUACCCUCCCCCCCCCCCGAAUAAUGGAGUGUAUCCGGCUGGACCUCCGCCCGGAUACACCUACCCCAACCCCCCCCC